ACCACCGCCGCCGCCGCUGCCGCCGCCGUCGCUGCCCCGCCCCGCCGGGUGCCUCGCCGCCGCGGCUGCUCCAUGGAGGCCGACGGCGAGGCCGAGGCUCGGCUCCUCUUGCAGGAGGCUCGGGAGAGCAUCGAGGCGGCGCGGAGCUACCGGCGGGAGCUGGAGCAGCGGCUGCGGGGACUGCACCAGGCGCGGAAGCAGAUCAGAGAAAGUGCAACAUUGACCAGAGAUGUACUUGAGCAACAUUUUAAUGAUUUGAAAGGGACCCUAAAGAAGCUGUUGGAUGAGCGACUGAUGUCACUGCUGCAGGAAGUGGAUGCUAUAGAACAAGACAGUAUCAAACCCUUGGAUGAAUGCCAGAAGCUAAUAGAGCAUGGAGUCAGUACAGCUGAUGAUCUGCUUCGGGAAGGAGAGAGUGCAGUCCAUGGAGAUGUGGGACAACAGAAUGAGAAACUUUGCAGCUUUACAAAAAAAGCUUUACAUAUUCAGCUAGAUAGCUUACCAGAAGUGCCCUCCUUGGUUGACGUGCCUUGUUUAUCUGCCCAGUUGGAUGACUGCCUUCUUACUAUAUUGAAAAAUCAAAUAUUCAGACAUGGAACUGUGGCAUCUCGACCACCUGUACAGCUAGAGGAAUUCGUUGAGAAGCCUGGAGGUAUUUUAGUCCGAUGGUGUAAGGUGGAUGAUGACUUCAUACCACAAGAUUACCGACUGCAAUAUCGUAAGAGUACUGCCAGUCACUUUGAAGAUGUAUAUGUUGGCUCGGAGACAGAGUUCAUAGUGCUGCAUAUUGAUCCUAAUGUUGAUUACCAGUUCAGAGUCUGUGCCCGAGGAGAUGGACGGCAAGAGUGGAGUCCAUGGAGUGUUCCUCAGAUCGGCCGUACCACGCUAGUUCCCCAUGAAUGGACAGCUGGUUUGGAGGGUUACAGCUUGAGCAGUCGAAGAAACAUAGCACUUCGAAAUGAUUCUCAGUCAUGCGGUGUGCUCUACUCCAAAGCUCCUACUUAUUUCUGUGGGCAAACAUUAACAUUCAGAAUUGAAACUGUGGGACAGCCAGACAGACGAGACAGCCUCGGAGUGUGUGUGGAGCAGCAGAACGGCUAUGAUUCUUUGCAGCGGGAUAAAGCUGUGUGCAUUAGCACAAAUGGGGCAGUAUUUGUAAAUGGAAAAGAGAUGACAAACCAACUGCCUGCUGUUACUUCUGGAUCAACUGUGACGUUUGACAUGGAAGUUGUGCAGUUAGGGCCUUCCAGCAAUGAGGGAGGGAACUUCAAGCUUCGAGUAACCAUUAGCUCUAACAACAGAGAAGUGGUCUUUGACUGGGUACUUGAUCAAUGCUGUGUCUCUUUGUAUUUUGGAUGUUCGUUUUCAUACCCAGGCUGGAAAGUUUUGGUGUUUUAGCAGUGAGUGAAGGGAUUUUUGUUCUUGCUAUAAAGUGUAAUGUUAAAACCUGGGUUUCCAGCUGUUUGACAUCAACAAUCUGUUAACAAAAACCUGUCUUUAUACUACUUGAACUCCACUAUAUUGUACUUCCUGCUGGAUUCAUUUAAAAAAAAAAUAAUUGUGAAACAUUGGAUUUGUUACUCUGGAAAAAGUUAGAAACAGGCAUUUGUGUAGGCAAAUUAAUUUAAGCAGUCCAUAAGCCCUUUCCCUUUUUUCCUCCAGACUUGAUUUUUGUCAGUAUUUCAUUGUACUCUAGUCUCAGGGUACGUGUAUUCUGUAGAAUUAACUUUGCUUAAUGCUGCUGCUCUGUGAAAUAAGCCUGUAAACAUUUAGGGGGGUGGUAAUGGACCAAAAUUUUAUUUAUACCACUCAAAAAGAACAAAGUAUUUAGAGCAGUGAUAUCCUGCUAUGCUUCCUUGUACACAAUGCUGCCUUAAUAGUAUGAAUGGAUAGUGGGUUCUGCAUGCAACAGCCAUUUCUUCCAUGCAUGGUACUGUUCAUUCCUCCAGAGCAAGGAUGUCUGAGCCAUAAUGUCUGUUUAAAUAUGUAGCCAGUCUGUUAAUGUCUCACUUAAGUGCCUUAUUUUGAGAUAUUUCUUGAACUGUUUUCUGUGUUGUCACUUGGAAUAUAUUUUUCUAGAGUAGUUGCAUAGUGAUGCUUACAUCAACUUAAUGCAGAUGCUUGCCUCAAACUAGACCAAUACCUAGAGUAGGACAGUUACCCUUAUCUGCUCUGCCUUCCCUAGUUAUAUUUACUGUGUAGCCUAUGUCAGAGCAAGUCUUAGCGAUUUAGUACUUAGGCAUGACAUGCAGAUUGGCAGCCAUGAUUCCUCACAGAGCCCUUCUAAGACUUAGAGACAACCUUCUUUCUAUUGUCCAACAACACAGACAAGGGAGGUGCUGUUCUGAUGUGCAGGAUUCCUGGAAAUCCCAAUAGCUACCUGGGAACACCUUGCAUUCACGUGCAAUAGCACAGGUUUAUGGUCUGAGGACUGGGGACAGACUAGGCUGCCCAAGCAAGCUGGGACUGCUGCUGGAGAUCCACCUUGGGAGGUAAUGGAGAUGGGCUUCAGGCAGACCCUGCUGGCAGAGAUUUAACCUGCAGCAGUCAAAAUGUAGCAGAUGGUGGUAAUUUAGCUGUCUCCUCCAUGUAAUAGGAUGGGAAAAGAAAAUAUGAAUUAAUUGACUUUGAAUGCAGAAGUUACAUAAAGUUACCACUAUUUUCCCUAAGGAGCAACUAAGAUUUAUAAUGAGCUUAUCAAAGAGAACCUAUUCCUGGUCAAAAGAUUGCAAUACUACUGGACUUAAAUAUUUUGAAGUAAUGCUUAUCGAGGGCCUUCUUACCUCAAAUUCAAUUAAAUAUAUUUUAGCAUGUUAGAAUAGCAGUAUUUUUAUAAAGCCUAGACAAUCAUUCUGCCCUUUUUCCUGCAGUGUCAACAUGCUACAUUAGCCCUCUAUGCUAGCACUAAAAGCUUAAUUCACAUUGGAUUAUUAUCCCCCAUACUUACAUUAUCAGUACAAAAAGAUUAAUCGUCCUUGCCUGCGUUUUUUUCCCCAGGCAUCUGUAGUAGGGGUACAAGAAUUUCAGAAAAGGCAAAUGGCUGUUGGUAUUUACAACAUUUACAAGGAAAAAAAAUUGUGAGUAGAUUCAGAUGGAUGCAAAGAACUUGCACAUGGCAGAGUUAGGGUGGAAUUUACUGUAAGACCUGAAGUGAGGAAGACUGGGCACCUGCAGGUAAGAUUAUCCACUGUUAGCAACAAAAAGCCUGCAGUAUUCUCAGUUUUUCAAGCUUAACUAUUUCACUGUUAGGGAGUAAGAAAAUACUAGCUUAUCCUGUACUUUCAGUGUUCCCUUGAAUUAUCCUGUGAAGAGUAUUUUCAAUACUUCUAAAAUACGUUUCUUUUCGUGUAGCCAAGAAGGUUCACUAGAUGAUCAAACAGUAUCAGUCCUGUUUAGAGAGGGUCAGGCUGGCACUCUAGCUAGCAGCCAACUUAAAUCUUGCUCCAUUUAGUAGUGCUGGUAAUGUCACUUACAUACUUCAGGUACUACUUGUAACUUAGUAUUUUUACCAUAUGGAAACUAAAAUUGUGAGUAUCUACACUUCUGAGGUACCAACAGCUCAGGUACCUUUUCAUCUGCUUUUGGAGGGGCUAGUCAGACUAUUGAUUCUGCAGGAUAUUUACUUGCAUGUUAGAAAAUAAAGCUUAAGCCUUGAAUUCAGGUACUUCCAGAGAUGGUAAUGCCUUGUCAGUUUGUUCAGAAUACGCAUACAAAGCAGCUUAAGAUGACUGUGAAGGGCCACUGGAGGCCCCUACUGCGCCCCUUGAGAGCUGAGGAUGGCAAGAAAGGAAAGAGUUUUUCUGACUUUAGUCUUUAGCUGUACAUUGAACAAGGGCAGCUUGCCAGUCGUGGGUUGGGUAUGGUUGGGGUUUUUGCCAUUUUUUUUAAACUUAGCAUAAGCCUAGCUGUCCAAAUUGCAAAUUAGGUACUGUUCAACCACCUCUUGGAGCUGCACCUUUUAGACCUGGGAGGGGUGAAGAGUCUCAGGGCAAGAGACCUGAGUAAGAAAGUAUGCAAAGAAGCAGAAGAGGCUUGAAUUAAAAAGGUUGAAAUUCUGUUAUUCCACAGCAGAGUUCAGCUAGAUAGAAAACUUGACACUUCCUUUACAAUUUUUCACCUCUAGCUCUUGGAGCCUUGCAAGCAACAGAGUGUUAACUGCUUAUGAAAUCCAAUCCUGAAAGUUGUUUUCUUAAGCUAGUACAUUCACUUACCUCAACUAAGACUUAUGUGUCAAGUGAAAUUUGAAUUUUUUUAAAAUAAAGUUUUAUCCCUCAACCGUG